AGAAAUUCGCAGCUCAAAAGCUUGGCUUUUGUCCUGAAGCGGUUUGUAGCAGCUACUCUAGAACUCAGCAACCUAGAAUCUGAUUGAAAAUGGGGAAACAAGAGGAGAUCCUCAGAAAAAUGGCAAUUCUGUUGAGAAUUCGAAGCAUUCUAGUAAAGCAAUGCCUGGCCGAAUGCUUGGGAACAUUAAUUCAUACCAUGCUUAGCUGUGGAGCAAUAGCACAGUUCACACUUAACUGUGGCACACACAGUCAAUUUCUGUCUGUCACCUUUGCCAUAGGAUUUGCAGUAGCUCUGGGCAUAUUGGUAACCAGCAAAGUGUCAGGAGCUCACCUGAAUCCAGCAGUGACCUUUGCUUUAUGCUUACUUGCUUGUGAGCCUUGGUUAAAAUUCCCUUUCUUCUUUUUGGCACAAACAGUGGGUGCCUUUCUUGGAUCAGGAAUAAUGUUUGGUUUGUAUUAUGAUAAAUUGUGGCUUCAUGGAAAUAAACAGCUAACGGUAAUUGGACCAAACUCAACUGCUGGGAUAUUUACAAGUUUUCCACUUGAACAUGUGAGUGCACUCAAUGGCAUUUUUGAUCAGGCAAUUGGGACUGCAGCUCUCAUAUUGUGUAUCCUUAUCAUUGUGGAUCCUUUACACACCCCAGUGCAGACGGGACUGGAAGCUUUCACCAUCGGUGUAGUGGUUCUUAUUAUUGGCUGGUCAAUGGGAUCAAAUUCCCAGUACUCAUUAAAUCCUGCCAGGGAUAUUGGACCUCGCUUGUUUACGGCUAUUGCUGGUUGGGGAUCUGAAGUUUUCACUGCUGGAAGCUAUUGGUUUUGGAUUCCACUUGUCAGCCCAAUCAUUGGUGCUAUUUUGGGUGUUCUGAUGUACCAAUUCACUGUGGGAUUACGUGUUGAUACAAGAGAUGACUCCUCAUCCAAUGCAGAGCAAAAUGUAAAAUUAAUGGGCCAGGAAACAAAGGGAAGGUGCUAAUGUAUGGACACUGAAGAAUUUGUUUUAGUAAUUUUCAGUAUAUUUUGCAAUAGUUUAUUUGCCACAUUACAUUGAUCUCUUUCAGCUUUGCAUUUCUUGUGUGUCAUGUAUAUUUUCAAUUAUUUUAUUAGUUAUGAAAUAAAAUGUCGAACUUUCUAUUACUUGAUGAAAAAUAGAAACAUAUGCCAGGAAACAGAAAUUUUAAAAUGUCAACAUUUCUUGAUGUAUUGACAACUAUUAUGUACAUUUCAUUUGGCAUGGAUUAAACUAAUGCAGAUCUCAGUGUUGGUGGCAGAUAAAGUCUGUAUUUCACUAAUUUAAUUCGAUAGGCAAUUACAAUGAAGGUAGUGCACCAAAUGCCUAUCCCUAUUCACAUUUCAUUAUAUGGAAUUGCCAGAGAUAUUUUUAUUGAAAUUUAAAAAAAAAAAUUG